AUGAUAACAAGAAAAUAUGGAAGGUUCUUAAAGGUGCCUUGGAACAGUUUAAGCUCUUUCAAGGAUGGUGAAAGAUCUGGCGACAUAUUCUUCCCCGAAAAGUGUAAGGGAUUUUACACAACAUUCAGUUGCUCUGAAGAGAAAGGCCAGAUGAAUCACAGGUCAAUCCGGAGAUCUAUGUCUGAAAGCAAAGGAUUUGAAAGGAAAAUGGUGAAUGACACAAUCUGGCAAGAACCCACCAAGCCAGAGAAUGAUUCCCACAUCAGAAGGCUCUGUCAGCGAAAAGAUCUAAAUGAAGAUGAUUUUCUUUUGAGUGAUAACAUACAGACUUUUCAAGGAAAAAGGCCACAAGGCAUUUCCUAUCAGGAUGUAAAAUCAGGCGGUGACCCAGUGGAAUCAACGGGGAAGUUGAAGAGACUACAGAAACUGAUUUGGACCAAGAAAACCAGGGUGCCAAGUCUGAAUGAGAUAAAACCUACAUUAGUAAACCUCGAAGAUGAAGAUGAAACAUUAAUUUCCUGUAUGAAAUUAACCAAAUCCCAAGAAAAGAAAAUUUGUGCUGUUAGCACAAGGGGAAAGGAAGAGAUGGAGAGGAGAUUGGAUACCAUUUCUACGUCAUUGGUUAGAUCCUGCACUUCUACUGGAUGCAGUAUGGCAGAAAUGUUAUCCCACAAUGAAGAUGAAGGUCAGAUGUGGAACAGCUGGAAAUCUUUUCCAGAAAACCCUCUCUGGACAUGUGCUGACUUUCAAAUUGCCCAAGUUGGCCCCUGGAAUGACUGUUUCCACUGCACUCACCACCCACAACUUAAGUCUUCUUAUACAGAUAUGGAUCUCCCACAUUCUUGGGGCCCCCAAGAUGGGUGGUGUAAGGAAAAUCAGAACCCAAGGAAGGCUUGCUCACCAGAGGACUAGUCACCAG